GCUAUUGCAUUUUGCCAAAUAAAAAAACCUCGUGAAAAGCGCGGCAUCGUAUUUUGGCAGGAAAAGAAAAGGAAAGAAAAUCGGAGAGAUAUAAUGGGCAGCAUAUCAACAACAGCAUCAGUAGGGUCUCGUAUAAAUUGUUUGACAAGAGUCUUCCUUUCUUCUUCUUCUUCUUCUUCUUCUUCUCCUUCUACAAAACCCAAAACCUUUGCUUCAAUGUCUUCUUCUUACCACAAAGAACUCGCUGCUGCCAAGAAAGCCGCCUCUCUCGCUGCUCGACUCUGCCAGAAGGUGCAAAAAGCACUCGUACAGUCAGAUGUCCAAUCAAAAUCUGAUAAAAGUCCUGUCACAAUAGCAGAUUAUGGUUCACAAGCAGUGGUUAGCUUUGUGCUAGAGAAGGAACUUCCUUCUGAGUCAUUCUCAUUAGUGGCAGAGGAGGAUUCAGUAGAUCUUCGAAAGGAAGAAGGCCAUGAAAUCCUGCAACGCAUUACAAAGCUUGUGAAUGACACUCUUGUCACUGAUGGAACAUACAGCGCUUCUCCUUUAUCUGCAGAAGAUGUGCUUGCUGCCAUUGACAGUGGCAAAUCUGAAGGAGGUCCUCAUGGUCGGCAUUGGGUUUUGGAUCCUAUAGAUGGCACUAAAGGGUUUUUGAGAGGAGACCAAUAUGCAAUUGCACUGGCAUUACUAGAUGAAGGGAAAGUUGUGUUGGGUGUCCUGGGUUGUCCUAAUCUUCCUUUAGCACCUAUUGGUAGCCAUGAUCAACAUUCUUCUAACGACAAAGUUGGUUGCCUUUUCUCUGCUGAAGUUGGGGCUGGAACUGAAAUGCAAUCUCUAGAUGGCUCGUUGCCUGUCAAGGUGCAUGUCAGUGCUACAGAAAACCCUGAAGAAGCUUCAUUCUUUGAAUCAUUUGAAGCGGCACAUUCACUGCAUGACUUAUCUAGCACUAUAGCCAAGAAACUGGGUGUCAAAGCUCCACCUGUUAGAAUUGAUAGCCAGGCAAAGUAUGGUGCUCUGUCCAGAGGAGAUGGAGCAAUAUACCUGCGUUUUCCUCAUAAAGGAUACCGUGAAAAAAUAUGGGACCAUGCAGCUGGAGCUAUUGUUGUGACAGAAGCCGGGGGUGUUGUCAGCGAUGCUGCUGGAAACCCUUUGGAUUUUUCCAAAGGCAGAUAUCUUGAUCUUGACACUGGCAUAAUUGUUACCAAUCAGAAGUUGAUGCCUUUGCUCUUGAAGGCAGUCAGAGAAUCUCUUGAUGAGAAAGCUUAAUCCUUAUGAUUUUAUUGUUUUGUUUGCCCUUUCUUUUCUUCAUUGUGAUAUUUCUAUUGCCUUAAACGAGCAUCCGAGGUUAUGUUUGAGUUAAGGAUUUGUUGAGAAAAGGAAAAGGCAAGAGAAAUGGAAUUACUUGUGCUUAAUCGUUUUUCUAUGAGAAAAAAUAAAAAGUAUCCUCUUUGAAAUUUUAUUAA